UUUGCAUGUCUCUCCCGCUGAUCGGGUGCUUUCUGAUCAGACCAAGGGAGUGCUCCAUUCUCCAUGGUUGUUGUCGGUGCUACAGUUGUGCAACUUGCUAGCCCCACCGGCUGGCCGCGAAUCACGUAAGGACAAAUCGUCGAUCCUGCGUUCUAAUUAAUGGUCAGCGAGGUAUUGUGGGGGCGCUCUAGAUAGUUACCCGCCGGUAAAAUCAGACGAGACCCGCCACAGUCAGCUAACAGCGUGGUCGACGUUAAAACAGCUGGGAGCCCAGCACACGACGCGGCGUUGAUGAACUACGUACGGUUUGUCUAUGGAGUACUGCCAAAGAUGUGAAUAGUGUCGGAGCGCACAACCGAUAACCGCAUUGCGAGUGCAUGCCCAAUUGGCCACACCGUGGCCGUGACGGCGAUGUUAAUACCCGCAUUUACUGCCCUUCUAGAGAACGAGGAACCUUCUCCGGAUUGCUAAACCAGAGAAACUCUCACGAAGACGCUCCAAGGGUGAAAUGCAUUAAAAUUUCAUAUUUACAAGAUUUCGUCUUUUGUGGAGGUACCAACGUUCCAGCAUAUGGACUGUCCAAAAGAAUCCAUGAAGAGAAGAUACCACUCGAUCGCAAUGAGCUGCAACCAUCUCUUGUAUUAUGAGAUCUUUGCUCGCCUCCGAUAGAGGAGUCCAACGAGUAACCUGAGCGGGAAACUGAUCGUCAUCUUUCCGUGGAAUUUGAAGAAAGCAGCCUUUGACUGUUUCGGUAGCACUGGGAGUGAAUGCUUACACUGAGCGGACGGCUGCGACAGGAGCCAUGGGACAUACGGGGGCAGCCUGCCCCUCGAAAAUGCACCGAUCAUGCCGAUUGACAUCGACCGUGGCUUUUUGUCUUCUGAACUGUUUAAUUCCAGUGGCCUUUUCUCAAGGAGCUCUGCCAGCAACUGGUCCUCCUGCUGUUCUUCCAGUUUUUUCUGAGGAGCCUCAAGAUGCCUACAUCAUCAAGAACCGGCCGGUCACCCUCUCCUGCCGGGCCCAGCCCGUCUUCCAGCUCUACUUCCAGUGCAACGGAGAGUGGAUGGCGGCUGAGCGGCUGGAGCACCACGAAACCUUUGAUGACAUCGAAGAGCAGCUCAUGAUCAUCAGCAUAUCAAUCACCAAAGAAGAUGUGGAGCAGUACUUUGGCAACGAGGACUACAGUUGCCAGUGUGUUGGAUGGAGUGACACAAACACACACGCGACGAGUAGUAAGGGAUACGUGCGCAUAGCAAGUCUCAAGAGACUGUUUGAGCAAGAGCCCCUCGGUCAGCGAGUUCAGCCACAGCAAUCAAUCCACCUUUUGUGUCGUCCACCUCACGGGGUCCCCGAGCCAGAAGUGUACUGGGAGAAGAAUGGCGUGCGCAUCGACACGUCAGACGUGCACUACCUGCAGACCCAGGAGGGCCUGAUAUUAAACCAGAUCAGGCUGGAGGACAACGGGAAUUACACGUGUGUCGCAGAGAACAUAGCAGCGAGACGGGAGAGUGAGCCCGCCCAGGUGAUCGUCUAUGUGGACGGAGGUUGGACAUCGUGGAGUCGUUGGACAGAGUGCGACGUCACCUGCGGCACGGGACUGCGAGAGCGCCGGCGUUUGUGCACCAAUCCACCGCGGAGGAAUGGCGGCCAGCCCUGCCCCGGCCAAGAUGUGCAGACCAUCUCAUGCACCGAGGAUUGCCCAGUAAAUGGAGAGUGGGGGAGGUGGUCUGAUUGGUCGACAUGUAGUAGUCACUGUCAGCAAGUUCGGAGUCGUAAUUGUGAUGAUCCGCCCCCCAGCAAUGGCGGCCAAGACUGCUUUGGCGAAAAUAUUGAGAGGAGGAACUGCUCUGGCGGGCGCUGCCCAAAUAUGAAAGCUUCCCCAACCACCGUUAAUCCACCAGUCGCAGCCAUGGGGACAGACAACGGAAAGGGUCCGCCAGUUGCUGCUAACGAUGAGGACCCAAAAGUGAAAGAUUCCAGUGAGGAUCAAAUCCCACUCUACAUUGGCGUAGCUGUGGCAGUGUUGGUCUUUCUCUGCGUCUUUGUCUUCAUUAUUGUCUGCAUAGUCACACGCCGGAAAAGGCAAGGGUCCGGCUUCACAGCAUCAACCAGAGAUGAGUGUAAUAUGGCGAUGUUGUCUGUCCAGCCCGAUUUGACUCAGUCAGCACCUCACACCAUGUGCACUCAUGUCACCCUCCCCAACCACAACCCAGAAAAGGUCCAGAUGACAGAGAAGAUCCAGAUGACGCCCUCGCCCGUCUUCCCCACCGAGGCCUACUACGAAGAUCCCAAGGACAUCAAGCCCAAUGGCAUGGUGGUGACAUACCUGGGCAAGAAUGGCGUCAUGACACACCUGAAUGAUUACUCGUCGGACUCGUCGAACUACGCCGUGCCGAAUGGUACCCCAAUCGUCGAUCCCUCCAUGCAUCAGUACAUCCCACUCGUUGGGCCCACGCAAGAGUGCUGCCGUCAGGCCCUCCACAACCGCCCCCCGCUGGACUUGCCAUGCCGCAACAUGGCCCACGCCCCAUCGCCACAGCAGCGGUGCACGGAGCCCGACGGCGAGGACAGCACCACAGCAUUUCACGAGUGCCGGCUGCGUGACUCCGCUGUGCACUCGUCGGAGGAGGAGAGCAUCUCGCCUGGCUCACCCUACGGGUCAGAUCAGGGCAGGGCACCCUCUAUUGUCAGUGCGGGGAUCCCGUCUCAUAUAGACUCGCACUGUAUGUCCUGGGGAAUGGUGAGCCAUCGUGGCGGCAGACUAGUCAUACCCGAUGCAGGGAUCAGCAUGUUCAUACCUGAAGGGGCCCUCCCCAAAGGUCACUCCGAGGACCUCUACAUUGCGGUCAGCCGGGACGUCAACGACCGUCCCCGGGUCAGCGGCAAGCAGACCAUCCUCAGCCCUGUGGUCAUCUGCGGGCCACCAGGCUUGACCUUCGCCAAGCCCGUCAUCAUCAGCACGCCGCACUGCGCCAACGGCAUGAGAGGGGACUGGAGGUGCUCUGUGUACAGCAACAUUUGCCGGUCGGGCGAGAAGCAAGCUUGGGAGAAAAUCCUGACGGUAGGCGAGGAGACCAUCAACACACCCAUCUUCUGCCAAGUGGACAAGAGGCAGUGCUCCAUCGUGACAGACCAGCUCAGCUGGUUCGCCUUCGUGGGGGAGUCACUGCCCAGCCAGGCUGCCAGCAAAGUGCUGAAGAUCGCCGUGUUUGGGCCCGUCCUGCGAGCCAUGAUGGACUACAGUGUCAAGGUCUACAUCAUGGAGGACACACCUGAUACUUUGGAGAAUGUGAUUCAGAUUGAGCAGAGGCUAGGCGGCCGACUGCUGCACAGACCCAAGCAGCUGCACUUCACGGACACCGGCCACAACCUGCGGCUGUCCAUCGAGGACAUUAUGUCAGGCUGGCAGUGCAAAGUUGCCUCAAACUUCCAGGAAAUCCCUUUCUAUCACAUUUGGAGUGGAGCGUCCAACACUUUGCACUGUGCCUUCACCCUGGGAAGGGUCGACCCCACUGUCUCUAUGGUGAGAUGUCGCAUCGAGGUCAUGCAGGGGUCGUCCCCGAACACGAGGCAGGUCAUCGAGAUAUCUCGAUGUGUGGACGACAUAUCCUGCGACCACAGUCACUCGGAUCCAGACGUGGCCAACUGCAGCUCCAGCUAUGGCUCCAUGACCCUGGAGGCCCCCAACAAGGCUUUUCGCCUGUCCCGGCCCUUCCGCUCCCAGCUCUGUACCCUGCUGGACCCACCCAGGAGCCGAGGGAAUGACUGGAGGAUGCUGGCCUCCAAACUGGGUGUGGAUGGCUACAUUAACUACUUUGCUAUCAAGCCAAGCCCCACUGACCAAAUCCUAGACCUGUGGGAGGCAAGGCACCGGGAGGAAGGUGCUGUCUUGGACCUGGCCCGAGUCCUGCAGGAGAUGGGUCGGCAGGAUGCACUGGCUGUGGUGGAGAAGCAGCUAGGCGCGUGGAUGUAAAAUAAACUUAUGGAGGAGCUGCAGGUGCAAGGAACACCUGCAGGUACCAGAUGGAAACAGGUGCACAACACCUGUAUGUGCUGAGGGGGAAUGCAAGCAACACCUGCAGGUGCCAGAGGAAAUAUGUGUGGAGGCCUGUUGGUGCAUUGCCAUCUACAGGUGCUGAGUGAGAAUGCAUAGAAUAUCUAUGUAAGUGAACACCUGCAGGUGUUCUGCCAGAAUGCUUGAAACUCCUACAGGUGCUUGAACAGCUAUGUAGAGAAUGCUAUGGACACCUUGAGAUGCACAAACACCUGCCGGUUCUUGGACCAACUGUAACUCUAUCUGUGCCUGGAACUUGAACAGGUGCUGGGAGCAUGCACAGGUGCUGUGAGCACCUGAAGAUGAGUAGACACCUGCAGGUCCUCGGACCAGUUCAAACUUUACAUGCACCUAAACUUGCACAGGUGCUUGGAACAUGUGCAGGUGCUUGAAACACCUUUUGUUUUAUGUUUUUGGCAUCAGCGAAUGUAUGCCUUGAUUACAAUAACAUGAAUUUGAAUGUUAAGUUGAGUCUAUUUCCAUUUUUCACUCCAACUGAGCUCACUAAAAGGCUUUGAUGGAAAAAAAUUGAGCAAAAUGCUGCCAUGACAUGCCUUUCAUUACGUUGAAAAUAUCUGUAGAAAAGAUAGAUUUUUGGUGUUCAAAUACAUUUUAUUUUCCCUUUACUGUCAAACUGAUAUGUGAUUUGUCUUUUAAAGUUGCUUUGAUUGGUUUAAUAUUAGUUACUUGGUGUGGGUAUGUGUAAUUUAUUUUGCAACUUUUGUAUAAUUCUUUAACUGCUGGGCUAAACUAUCAGAAUAUGGACCUUUAAGCAUGUUAAGUCUAGCUGUCUUGUAGUGGACUUUUCUCCCCUAUGGAUUGAUGGCUAUUUCUGUGUGCUCAGUGGGCUGAUAACAGGGGCCAAGGUGAUUUGGUUGGUGUUGACAAGAACCUUGUAUGUCCACUGCAAAAAUGAUAUGCAGUAUCCCAAAUCUUCUCUCAUUGAUUGAGGUGUGUGGUCUCACCAUGUGUUGAGCUUGAGACCUUGACAACUGCACCUUCUCCUUUGACACUUCCAAGUUAUGAUUUGGCAAUGUUGUGUAUCCAGCCGGGGCAAAUUCCCCCCGCCCCUUUUUGUAAGGAAUCAAUAGUGCCAGCAUUUCAGAAACUGCUCCCACUUUCUUUUGGGAGAGGAUUCUUUUACAGAUGAAAAAACUGAACAAUCAUUUUAUAUAACUUCCCACUUUGAACCCCUCCCCCUCCGAGCUGUGGCCUGAAUAUGGCACUGAUUCGGCCUACCACUUCCAAAAAAAGUCAUGGAUCGGCCUCUGGUCUUGUAGAUGUUGUCAUACUGACAGCCAAAUUUGAGCAUAAACAUCUAUCCAGCUGUCUGAUUGUAGAGCAAUUAUCCCAAAGGCCACAUGAUAUCUGGAACUUUUGCUGCCAUGUUCUGUGAUUAUGUGUGCCCGUGAGCAAAGCAUCUGUAAUCAUCCCUGAGUGCGUUCUUUUUUUUCACCGUAGUAAAAGCAGUCACGAGUAACACAUUUUUAGGAUAAUUAUUAGUUAUCUGUGAUAUAGAGUCAUGGCUUUUAACACUAUGCAACUCAAGCCGUGUACAGUAUUUGUGAAUAUGUACAUAGUCGGAGCAAUCGUGUUUAACAAUCGGAAAUCCUGCACGGAAGCAAACAAUGUCAGUUGGACAAGCUGACCAACAAAAAGUGGUCCUUACGAAAAAGUGAAUGAAUAUGAUUGUAAGAGUUGAUUUUUUUUUAAGGAGUGAUAUUUGGAAAGUGUAAGUUGUAUGAUUUUUUCUUGACUGAUCAUGUAUUUUAAUCUUCGUGUAAUCUUUAAUCAAAAAUCAAGAUUUGCAAGUCUUACGAGCUUCCCUUCAAUUGGUUGAAUAUGUAAGAAAAUGAUUUUUUUUUCAUUUUUAAUUAUGCUGACCGAACAAAAGUAUAAAUAGUUGUAAAUAUAUAUUUGAUUGGAAAUUUCUAAUGUGUAGAACUAGUUCUUUACCGAACAAAAUGCGAAUAGCUCCCUUAAAAUAUGGUAGAAAUGAUGAGUGAUUUUUCUCUCUGUAAGUAAAUCUUAAUAAGUACUAUUUUUAUAUAUGAUGCUUCUUGUAACCAUGGUUAAAUGAACUAGUGUUUUUCCUUGUAAAAAAAAAUCUUGAAAAAGUUGUUUGCAGUCUCUGCAAGUAAAAAAGUGUCGACGAUGGUGUAGGACAGACGUUUUGCCUUUGUGUUUUUUUUUUCUGACUGUCUGUAAGGGUCGAUGAAUGAGCCCCAUUAUAGAUGGAAAUCGGCGUCGUGCAUGAUCGAGAAGGGGGCACGUUUGCAUACAGCAAGCACGAUUAUUGUGCGAUCAUUUGUCAAAAAGGGAAGAUUUUUCGUGAGGGUCAUUUCAAGAAUGUUUCCAAUUCUGUGAAAAUAGAACUACUAAGUAACAUUGCUUGGCGAGCGAGCAAUGUUUGGAUGUGCAACUUAUCUGUGGAUAAAAGGUGUGGGUGAUUUAUCUGUUUAUUUUUAAAAUUCUGCUUAUCGCUCUUGAACGAUUUCUAAUGUUGGUUGUGUAAUAUUUUGCACUUUUGUAAAUGGUUGUUUUUCAAUAACUGGAACGUGGACACAUUUUCGUUUGUUCUGUUAUACGAGCUGGUGUUGAAUUUCUCACAACUCCUUGACUUGAAUCGGUUGUAUAAAAAUUAAUGUACGCAGCAAACCAUAAAGCAGAUUUUUUUUGCAUAGACAUGUAAUGUAUAAAUUUAAUUAAAAAAUACAAAUACGUAAUAUCUUUAAGAUUGCUUCUAUUGUUUCCACUGUCGGAGAGGUUUUCAUCCAAAGCCCUUCUCUUGCUUUGACCAAAAAUAUUUGAAAGUUUUGAUAUUGAAUAGUCUUUUUCCCAGGAGUUUAUUCCCGUAAGUAAGUCGAUUUGUCCCCAAAUUUAAAAAAAGGAAGAUUGCGUCGAAAUACAAUGUGUGUGAUGGUCUUCAUCGGAAGUGUUUUCCUGUUUCACGUUUUUCUUUUCCAAGUUUUCCAUCUUUGACCUGUAAAUAGUUGUCAAAAUCGAUCAUAAAGGAACGUAAUCUAAUAUAAUAGUCCAGUCGAGGGUUUACAGGGCCGCAAUCUUGCAGGCCAGUACUUUUGUUCGAGAGGGUAUGCACAAAGGAGGUUUCCGUGUCGAACAAAAAACUGCCCUGCAAGAUGUCUACCACGUAAAGCCUCUAUACGUUUUCUUAAUUAAGUUGCCCGAGGCCGAGGGAAACCAGAACUUUCCUAUACAUGUACUUAUAUCCUCGUAAGCUUUAUUGUGAUACUGGAUUAGAAUUUUAGUAUUGUUUUGCUUGUUUAAUUCUGAAGUAUAUAUCUAAAAACUUGCUUAAGAAAAUUGUUUGAUUUAAAAGAGGUUUUUGUCCAGUUAAAGAACUUUGUCAUGCAGGCAGCAUUAUUCUUGCUUUGUUUUUGUGCAUAAAUACAAUUGCAUGUGAGCUUGUUUUUUGGCAAAAAGUACUCUUCGAAGAAGUUAUUUUGUACAUUGGAGAAUGCGUAUGUUAUGGAUAUCAGCAUUAUACAUAAUGAAUAUUGAUGACCCUGGGAUGGCUCAAUUGCCACAGCAGUAUGCAUCAUCUUGACACGUAACCGUUAUUUAUUGUGAUGGAGGGGUCCGAGUAAUUUUAUGAAACCGAUUUUCUGUUGUACUGAGUGAAACCAUAAAUAUUUUGAUCACAGUGUCAUGGAUAAUAAUAAUGUCAGCACCUUGCAGUUUUGUUUACAUUUCCAUUAAUACAAGGAAAAUCAGAAUCUAGAUAAAAAAGAAUAAAGGUAUUGUUUUGGCAUAAUCAUAAAUUGGAUGUUUUGAAUAACAUUACUCGCAAUAAUCUUCAAUAUGGUUAUGUAUGAAUAUUCAUGACUAAUGACUGAUACUGUCAGGCCUGUACAUAAUGUGAAUGAGACGUUUGAAGAAAUAAAAUACCGAAAUGUUCAACCGUG